AUGAGAGCAGUGUGGGCAGCAUUCGCACCUGUCAGGGACGCCGAGGAGCAACCGAUGGACACGAUCUCUGUGCCCAUUUGUUCGACUCAACAGUUCUUCCAGUCUUCUGCAGAGACAGCCCUGGACAAACGUCUUCUGAUGUUUAACCGGCGCACACAAUACCUAGCCCGUCUCCGCAGCUCCGAUUCAAGAGAAAUGUCCCGUCUUCCCGACCCAGUGAAAUAUAUAUCGAAAGGGGAGCCAGGUGUCCCAUGA